AUGGCCCCGCAGAGUGUGUGUAUCGCCCUUCGCUUUUAUGCGUCGGGUACAUAUUUAUAUACUGUUGGCGACGCAGAACACUUAAGCAAAGCAACAGUGUGUGGCGCCAUCCAGAGGGUGUCCACAGCCCUCACCGAGCUCCUGGAUGGGUUUGUGGCAUUCCCAGGCCACUUGCCCAUCCAGGAAAUCAAAGAAGGCUUUUACACCAUUGCAGGUAAGUCUGAUCAAUGGAACUAUAAAUUAAAUAGGCCCAAUAAUGGAUUACAGUGAAAAAUAAAAAUCUUCAAGCGCACACCGUGUCAUGACAGACACAUUUUAUUCAAAAAGUGUUAAAACAGGGCGAGCACAUGUUUCGCAUGUUGCCUCAUCAGAUUCAGUUUUAUAAAUAAUGGAUCACAAUCAUAUAUUGCUAUUCUAACCACACGCUGCUCACUCAAAGCGCUUUACCACGGUCCAUUCAUUCAUACAUUGCAAGAUACUCUCUGUGGCACAUACACUGUUGUAUUAAAUGAAGUCAGCUCCUUUCACAGGAUUCCCAAGGGUCAUAGGUGCCAUCAAUUGCACUCACGUGCGCAUCACUGGGCCUUUGGGGCCAGAUGAGGGCGACUUUGUCAAUCGCAGGUCAUACCACAGCCUCAACAUUCAGGUAACUUGCAUAUGAUAUACAUGCUAUCUGCACAUUGAGACACAAACACACACACACACACACACACACACACACACACACACACACACACACACACACACACACACACACACACACACAGAGUCCCCCAAAAUCUCCCCUGUGCCUGUUAGGUUUGCACCGAUUGAUAUUUUAAGACUAAUUGUUCAGUCACACCAGCUAAGUGCCUGCAUGGACACUGACUACUGAAAUGUCUUUUGCAUCGCUACUCACAGGACAGAAAGUGUCAAAGCUUUAUCAAGGGAAGGCAAAAGCACAUUGCUGCCUUUCAUCUGCUGCUGUCAUAUUAUGGUUCUUUUUGCUGUUGCAGAUGACCUGCGAUCACAGUUGUGUGAUCACCAACCUGGAUGCGAAGUGGCCCAACUCGGUUCAUGACUCUCGGAUCUUCCGGGAGUCUAGGCUCUGCCGAACAUUGGAGCAGGGUGUGGCUCUUGCAUUAUGCACAUCGUGUUUUGAUGUUCAUCAGACUCCUUGUGACACUGAUCAUGACAUCUCCCUUCAUUCACAGGACUUCUCCAUGGAGUGCUGCUUGGGGACCGAGGAUAUCCCUGCCUGCCCUACCUUAUGACCCCCUAUCCUGACCCUGGUACAGGGCCACAAACACAAUUCAGUGUGGGUCUCUCCCGCACCAGGGUCAGGAUAGAGAUGACCUUUGGCAUCCUGAAGGCUCGCUUCAGCUGCCUGCAUGACCUGAGGGUGACCCCACGCCGGGCCUGCCAGAUUAUUACAUCCUGUGCUGUGUUGCACAACAUAGCCACCAUGUAGAAAGAGAGGGUCCCACCUGCUGACCCACUCCCCCCCGAUGUGGUGGAUCCCAUCACCUUAGACCAUCCGACUGGCAGGGCUGUGCGGCGGGCUAUAACAGAACAAUUUUUCACAUGAUUGGGCACUUAUACUUAAGAAAGAGAGGAGACAGAGACCUUUGACUUCCUUUUUUUAUUUUAUUAAUGACAUUUGUUUACAUUUUUAAUCAUUCUGGCCCCUUCUGUCUCGUUCCUGGAAUGGAGAGGAAAAUUUUAGUUGGAGUACAUUUCAAGUUGUGAUGUGGCAGCUCUCCACCUGAAGAUGGAGCCGGAUGAAGCUGACGCCAUCCGUUUCUCCAGAGUCCACCACCUGGGGAAAGCCAAGGGCGAUCAGCAGAAGCCCCGUCCCAUCGGGGCAAAAGUCACCGACUCCAAAAUGAAAUCCAGCAUCAUGUCCAAGGGAAAGGAGCUCAAGAAUACUGUCCAUUCCGUGAGUGAUCAAUUUCCAGCAGAGAUCAUGAGAAGACGGCGGCUACUCUAUCCGAUCAUGGCUGAUGCUCGAAAAAGUAAGAAGAACUUUAUAGAACUUUAUAUCGAUGGCAAACUGUAUAGGAAUCCUCGUGUCACGUACUGGUUGAGCUGCAGUGGAGAUGAAAUUGUAUUUCAUGAUACUCUAGAGGAUUUACCGUGUACGAGUUGCCUGUCUGCUCCAGUUUCCGGUGGUAAUGCUGUAAACAUUGACGUGCGCUGA